GGGAGGCGUGUGUCCCAAACCGACCAGUGAGCCGGCGGGGACCCCGCCCCGCCCCUGCGCGCCCCACCCCGCCCCACCAAGAAGGGCGCGGAGCCUGAUGGGACCGCACCGGGGCGCACCAUGGUGGACCCCGCAGCGCUGCGCGACUGCCAGGCGUGGAAGGAUGCUGGCCUCCCACUCUCCACCCCAAGCAACGAGGCCUGCAAACUGUUUGAUGCCACCCUGACCCAGUACGUGAAGUGGACCAACGACAAGACCCUCGGCGGCAUCGAGGGCUGCCUGUCGAAGCUGAAGGCAGCAGAUCCGAGCUUCGCGAUGGGCCACGCCAUCUCUACUGGCCUCGUGCUCAUCGGCACCGGAAGCUCCGUGAGGCUGGACAAAGAGCUGGACCUGGCCGUGAAGAACAUGGUGGAGAUUUCCAACCGCCAACCCCUGACGCAGCGGGAGCGGCUGCACGUGUCCGCGGUGGAGGCCUUCGCCAGGGGGGACUUCCCCGGAGCCUGCGAGCUGUGGGAGCAGAUCCUUCGGGACCACCCGACCGACAUGCUGGCUCUCAAGUUCUCCCACGACGCCUACUUCUACCUGGGCCAGCAGGAGCAGAUGCGGGACUCUGUGGCCCGGAUCUACCCCUUCUGGACGCCUGACCUGCCCCUCAGCAGCUACGUGAAAGGCCUAUACUCCUUCGGGUUGAUGGAAACCAACUUCUACGAUCAGGCGGAGAAGCUCGCCAAGGAGGCGCUGUCUGUGAACCCGGCGGACGCCUGGUCGGUGCACACCGUCGCCCACGUCCACGAGAUGAGGGCGGAGGUCAAGGACGGGCUGGACUUCAUGCAGCGCUCGGAAGCCCACUGGAAGGGCUCCGACAUGCUGGCCUGCCAUAACUACUGGCACUGGGCUCUGUACCUGAUCGAGAAGGGCGAAUACGAGGCCGCGCUGACCAUUUACGACGACCACAUCCUCCCCAGCCUGCAGACCAGUGGCACGAUGCUGGACGUGGUGGACUCCUGCUCCAUGCUGUACCGGCUGCAGAUGGAAGGGGUGUCCGUGGGCGACCGGUGGCAAGCCGUCCUGCCGGUGACCCGGAAGCACAGCCGUGACCACGUCCUGCUGUUCAACGACGCACACUUUCUGAUGGCAUCGCUGGGCGCUCGGGACGCCCAGACCACGCAGGAGCUGCUGGCCACCCUGCAGGACGUCAGCGAGUCCCCCGGGGAGAACUGCCAGCACCUCCUGGCCCGCGACGUGGGGCUGCCCCUGUGCCGGGCGCUGGUGGAGGCCGAGAACGGGAACCCCGACCGCGUGGUGGAGCUUCUCCUGCCCAUCCGCUACCGCGUGGUCCAGAUCGGGGGCAGCAACGCCCAGAGGGACGUCUUCAACCAGCUGCUCAUCCACGCGGCCCUGAGGUGCGGCGCCGGCGCCCACAGGAACCUGGCCCGGAGCCUGCUGAUGGAGCGGGACGCGCUGAGGCCCAACUCGCCCCUGACCGCGCGGCUCAUGCGCAAGGCGGCCUCCGUCCACCUCCUGCAGUGAGCGGGGCCUGCCGGCCACCCCAACGGCAGGUCCACGGCCCCACCGGCUCCUGAGGCUGAGGGGAUGAGCCUGCUAAGGGUGACCUGGGGCCUUGAGCAACCCAGCAAGGGGGGUGCAAAUCUGUGUACUAAUGAUUCAGACUCUUCCUCUAACUGUCGCUAAGGCCCGAGGGCCAGUGUUGCACAGCUGGCCGGACCCGACGUGGGUGCUGCUCCCCUCGCUGGCCCUGCGCACUGGCGUCCUCCCCGUCUCGCCCGGGACCCUCGCCCCUCCUGGCACCUCCUGGCUGUUCGAGUGUGGGCAGCAAGGGUGGGGUGGGGGCGGCUCAGCUCGGGAAGUGUCUCCACGGCCCCGAGGGGCAGCCCCCACUCCAGGCUGCUUUUGGGGAAAACCCUCAUUGUCUUCACGUCCUGGGUUCGGUGGUCCGUUUCGGGGGGGGGGGGGUGGGAGGAGCCCGUGGCGGGCAGUGCCUUGCCCAGGUCACUGCGGAGACUCACCGCAGGCCCCCUUCCUCCCCGAGAGGGAGCCCGUCCCAGCCUGUAGCCUCAGCCCAGCGGCCGCGCCCGUGCACCCUGCACGGAAGCACAGGCCCGCGGGUGCCCUCCUGCUGCCUCUGGAGAGCAGCCUGGGAGCUGUCCCGGGGGCCCUUGGUGUCAGCGACUGGGGCUCGUCUCCUCUUUACUCUAAACUGCAUCUCAGGGAGAGGCCUCCGUACUUGGCUUCCUUUGCCGACUGUGACUUCAGUCUCGCAGACGCAGGGCACCGGGCGGGCGUGCUUCCUGGGGUGCGAGGGUCGAGCUCGGGUUGCCCUGUGGCGGCAGAAGCCAAAGCACUGGGACACGCGGCGGUGGCAGCAAGCCUGGAGCCAGUCCUGUAAGCGGGCUUGGCCCCUGCUGCACCCCAAACCUGCCCCAGGUCCCUCCUGAGUGGGCACAGGUUUCCGUUUAAGGCGCCAACUCAGGUGUGCCGCGUGACGCCGGAACCCCCAGAGGGGGGAGGGCUCUCAGGCUGUGUGGGUGCGGCCUGAGGUCGGGGAGGGCCCCGAAUGGAUCAGCAAAUUCCUGGGAUUCAAGUAAUUUAGCGUCCCCGGCCAGGUCACUCGGUUGGUUAGAGUGUUGUCCCGAUACGCCAAGGUUAGGGGUUCGAUCCCUGGUCAGGACACCUGCGCGAAUCAGCCAAUGAAUGCGUGAAUGAGUGGAACAACAGAUCGAUGCUUCUCUUUCUCUCGAAUCAGUAACAAAUAAAAUAGUUGA